AUGGGCGCAUCAAACCAUGGGACAUCUUCUCAGAUGGAAGCCCUUGUGCAUAUCGUGACACCGACGGGUAUGCUCGGCUAUGGCAUCAAUCAAGAACAUCUCGAUCGAGGACUGAGUCAAACUGCAUCAACUGGAGUGCCUACUGCAAUCAUUCUCGACUCUGGAUCGACAGAUGGGGGACCAAACAAUCUAGCCUUGGGUUACAUGUCAUGCCCUCGUUCGAAUUACAAACGUGAUCUGACCAAGAUUCUAACGUCCGCUCAACGAUUCAAAGUCCCGGUUCUCAUUGGGUCCGCCGGAGGUGAUGGAAGUGAUGAACAUGUCGAAGAGAUUCUGCAAAUAGUGAAAGAGAUCACAGCAGAGGCAGGGAAUGAGAACUUCUGUCUCAAAACGAUCACUAUCUUCGCUGGGAUUCAUAAGGACUUAGUUUCUCAACGCCUUGCACAAGAAAUGAUUUCUGGAUGCGGCGCUGCUGUGCCGCCUGCGUCACAGAAGGAUAUUGAUGAUGCUUCACGCAUCGUUGCGCAAAUGGGCCCGGAGCCUUUCAUCAGGGCGAUGGAAGCAACGCCUGGGUUCGACCUUGUCGUUGGAGGGAGAGCAUAUGACCCGGCGCCGUUCGUGGCAUUUGCCGCAUACUGGCUCAACAAACGCGUUGAGAACCGGGAGCCCCCCAUAUCGAGUGAACUUCUUGGAGCCUUCACACACAUGGGAAAGAUAAUGGAAUGUGGAGGAGUCUGUGCGAUUCCAAAGUCCGCAGGCGCGCGUUCAACCAUGUACCUAGAUGGGACUUUUGAUGUCCGUCCACUGGAUCCGCGUUCCAGGUGCACUUCCCUGUCCGUCGCCGCGCAUACACUGUACGAAAAGACUCGACCUGAUAUCUUGCAUGGGCCUGGAGGCUAUCUUGACCUCUCGGCAUCCACAUAUGAAGAGCUCGGUGACGGACGAACAGUUCGUGUCCGGGGAGGUAUUUUCCAUUCCUGGCAUACAUUGGGCAGGCCAUAUACCGUCAAGCUUGAAGCAGGCCGGCUUUCAGGGUUUCGAACCAUGUAUAUGGGAAGUGUUAGAGAUCCAAUUUUGAUCGGACAACUUGAUGAUUUCCUGCUGCGGGUCAAAUCGUACGUCGCCCAAAAUCAGGACAAUCAGGACACGUGGAAAUUGGAUUUCCAUACAUAUGGCGGUAGCCAUCGAGUCAAUGGCAAAUGGUUAGAUUCUCAGCCGAACAAGGUAUUCAUUAUUGGUGAAGUAUUAGCAGAGACCCAGUCACUGGCAACAUCUGUAUGUGAUACAGCACGGGUUGCAACUAUCCACGGGCCAUAUCCAGGGCAGAAAGCAACAAGCGGUAAUUUCGCAUUCGGGAUCUUGGGGUCAAAAAGUAUAGAAAUGGGAGCUUGUCCAGAGUUCUGCCUCUAUCAUCUCAUGGAGCUACGUUCAGGAGAGGAAACAGCGUCAUUGAGUGAUUUGAGCUCAAUUAAGGAUGCCGCUGAAGCGAACAUAGCAGAUUCACCCGCGAAUAUGCCAAUAUUUCGAUGGCGAGUUCAGGAGGUCGGAAGAAAGACGCAACAGUCCGGAGGAGAAAUUCGGUCACCAGAGCCAGCCAUGUCACAUGAGACAGGUGAGCCUCAUGCUAAGGCAGUAAUAGGUUCAGGCGCAGAUUCCAGCCCAAACGUUCGAGCGUUAUUUGAUCAAGUCACUUUGAGUGACGUCGCGAGUAUUUUGCGCUCCAAAAAUUCCGGACCGUAUGAAAUCACUUUUGAUGUGAUGUUUGAGAAAGAGGCGGUGUACCGCGUCAUCAAGGACUCCCAAAUGCUGAGUAGCGAGCUGAUGGAGGAUCUUUUCGCACUCAAGCCGGAAGAGGUUUUUUGGUGUGGCUGGUUUGACCAGGCAAGGGCUUGGAAGGCCACGAUACCUCGAAAACGACAUGGUGUACCGAUGGCUGGAGGAGGUUUUAUGGAGAACGAUAUCCAUGGCUCACAACAAUACAUCCCGCUCGCGAAAGUGCAAAUUUCGGCGGAGAUAUUGUCCAAGUUGAGGCAACCUGACGAAGAAGCGCGUCAUGCGAACUUGUAG